AGCAAAGUAGUCGUAAAAGGAAAACAACGUAGCAAAUCAACCUGUAUUCGGGACUGACGACUAAUAAAGCACAGACAUAUAUUUAUAUUGAUAAUAUUGCCAUUACUUAUCCAAUCUUAAAGCAUUCAAUUUCUUUUACGACAUUACACGUCCGCUGAUUUUUAUUGUCAUACAUUUUCGCGAACAGAAGAAAAGAUGUAUUUUCAUUGUUAUUAAGCACAUGGUGGCAAAUUUUAAGUGAAAUAUGCCAUUUUUAUCUCAGAAAGAUCAAAUAUGUACAUAUACUUUUGUUGUUAUGUCUAUACUUGACUUAGUUUCAAGUAAAACGAUCAGGGGUGUUGUUACAAGUUUGACAGCCCGGCAAGAGAAGGGGCAAUAUUUGUCGUCGUUCUGUUUUCACGGUGAAGCAGUCAUUCAGUACUCACUGAAUGACUCCAUGUCAUCUGGGAAACUUUACUUAUUUCUCAGUGAAGACUGGAAACAAAUCACAGAUCAGACAGAGUGUACUGCAAAAUUUGAACAAGCUAGAGCUUCAUAUGAUAUUAUUGGUCCAGUUGGGAACAGAACAGUAGCACAUCAUCGUGAUCCCCGAAUUUGGCAUGUAGUUUUUGCUGAUGCCCAUACAUGUACAGAUUAUGACCUGUUGGAGGUUCAAACCCAGAACUUCAUUGAUUACAACAUACAGCUUCUGAAUCCAGAUGCACUAGGAAAUCCUGUUGAACAUUUCAGUGAUGAAGAAACAGGUCUGUUGAGAUUUUACCAGCUGUUAGCUCUGGCAUACUUUGUGUUGGGGUGUAUAUGUGUGCCACGUUUGGUGGAGCCGUUCAGUAGUGGAGGUCCUAUGCAGCUUGUUAUACAGUUACUCACUGCUAGUACUUGCCUACAGGCUGUAGGAGCUUUUAUCAUGAUGAUGCAUUUAAGAAAAUACUCAAGGGAUGGUAUAGGUUCACCAGUGUUUGAAAUGUUAUCAGAAUUUUUUGACGUGCUUUCACAGUUUGCUAUGCUGUAUAUGUUGUUAAGUUUAAGCCUGGGCUGGACCCUCGGCACCACAUACAGAAAUACACAUCUACAGAUGAUCAGUAAAAAGCCAGCAGCAAAAGUUGUAGGAGUUCUUGCAGUUGUACAGGGAGGUUUAUUUUUGUGGGAGCAGUAUCAGGAUCAAACUCACAGGUUAUAUCAUGCUCACAGAACAUAUGCUGGCUUUGCAUUACUUGUGUUACGUAUGGUUCUAGCAGGACUGUUUGGCUGGAACCUUUGGAUAACUGUGUCUGUAGAAAAAAGUAUAAUGAAGAGAGAGUUUUACAUAUCUUUUACAAAGAGCUGUAUGUUAUGGUUUUUGUGCUAUCCUGUGAUUGUUCUUGUCUCCAUGUUGUUUACAGAAUAUCUAAGAUACAAGGUAAUCACAAUGAGUGUAGUGUUGUGCCAGUCUGUAGCAGUUGUGUUAUUAUAUAAACUUUUCCUGUCUCGUAGUUUAUACUGGGAGGUGUCUGCACUCUCUGGAACCUUGCCUUUCAGAAUGGACAAAACUCUUAGCCUUAAAAUAUACUCUUGAUAAAACUCACUACAUAGGUUAAACUAUUAAAAAUUGUAAAAGUAUCUGUUUUUACAAAAGAAUGAAGAGAUAGAUUAUUUCUGACGGUCUUCUACAAAGAAUAUUUUGAUGGAAGGAUCAGAAGUUACCACAGUGAUGCCGAUGAAUCGAGUCUUGUCAGAAUUUGCCAAAAGUUUAUUUAUAGAGCACAGAAGAUUUGAAUGAGAUGGUUUUGAGUAUCAGUGUUGUCAAAGAGAGAAAGAAUUCAGAUCUUAGGUAGAUCAAAAAAACUGGUCUGAAAGACGUUGACUGUAUAAAAUCAUUAGAUUUACAGCCCCCUGCAAAUAUAUGCUUGGAUUGUUAUAAUAUUUGUGUAACCUUUCUGUUUAAUGAUUGAUAAUUUUUCAAACCUGAAAUACCGGAUGCUAUAGAGAAUUUGUUUAUUGAUGUCAAGGUAAAACACUUGAAUGUUAUGUAGUAUUUUAUAGUUACACCCUGUGAGUAGAAUACUAUUAACUAGAAUAUUAUUACAUGGAGAAUUUCAUCACAUGUAGAAUACUGGUUGUUGCAAGACUUUUCAAUCAAACUUUAUUUUCAUGCCCUCACAUUUAUUUUGGGGCAUAUAGCAUUGCUGCUGUCAAUCGGUCUGUUAGUAUGUUUCAAAAUCUUGUGUGUCCAACUCCUACCACACUAUUAGCCAGAUUUACUUCAAACUUUAGUAAAUGAACAAGUUUGAUGUGCGGAUGACCAUGAAGAAAGUUUUUGCUGUGACUACUUUAGAGCAGUUGUAGUUUUGUUAUAUGAAAUAUAGAAACAGAAAUCUUGUAUGUCCAGCUCUUCAAACACUAAGAAUCUGCUUGAAAGUUUUACAGAUAAAAGGACCUUGGUGUGAAGAUGACUAAAAAUAAUGGACUUUUUUUCUGUGGUAACUUUUUCUAGAAUUAUGGCCCUUUCUUAAUAAUACAAACUAGGUCAUAGAAAUGAUCAACUCCUCAUACAUUUGAAAGGAAAAGAUUCAAAGUUGCUCAGAUGCACAACCUUACCUGAAUAUGACCAUAAAGGAUUAGUGGUGACCAUUUUGACCAGUGUUAUGACCCUUUGCUAAUUCUACUAAUUCUAUAGUGAAGAAAUUUGGUGAGUUACAACUUCACACUCUGAAGGAAUGGGGUCAAAGUGACGAACCUUGAUAUGAAAAUGGGCAGUAUAUGUGUCCUAUGGACACAAUUCUAGUUUUAUCCUGAAUCUAUGCAAGCCUAGAAUAUGUAUGUAGUGCUAGAAGGAUAACCCAACUAGUGUAUCCUAAUUUAUGGAAUCACCUUUUGAGAGAGUUUCUCUUGAUUCUGACCAUAUCAUAGAUAAGAUUUGUACAAGAUAGCACUGUAAUUGUUAAAUGGUAAUACCAGUGUAUUGAUGGUGUGUUUAUGUCAAUGCUACUUUUAUGCAGAAUAUAUCUGAACAACCUUUGGAAAAAAGCAGAAAUAUGUGUGAACAAUUUCUGUUGUAAUAGUCAAAUGGAAAUGAGUAAAAUGUAUAAUUCCAAAGCACUUACAUUUUGUCACUGCUUAACAGUAGGAUAACUUGAUAGAUUUUAAACAUGUUGAAGGCAAAAAUUUUAUUUUGAAAUUAAUUUUGAUAGAAGUAUUUUUCUCUCGCCAUAAGAGACAAAGUUAUCAGAACAUCAAUGUAUCAUCAAUAUUUAUUACUUGAUAUUUUGAAUCAGUGACAGACAGGCAGAAGGAUAAAGCAGUUUAAUCAUUCACUGUCCUUCCUGAUUCUACAGCUGUCUGUUCUUUAAGAUUUUAUCAAGAUUUUCAGCCCUUCAAAAUUGGCUUCAUGUGGUGCUUUUAUAAGGAAGAGAUAUUUUAAAUCAAUACUGUUAUUUAAUUUUUUUCGUCAUUAUCUUGCUGUUGGAGAUGGAGCAUUUUUGUUUCCAAAUUUUCUAUUUUUAUUAAAUUCUCAUUUAUCUCCUAUAUGAAAUCAUUUCAUCUUCAAGGUGUAGAGUUCAGGGUAUAUUUCACUGUUUCACGUAACGUUGACCACACAUUAUGGUAUGAUUCAGUGGAAUUUGUUGACCAAGCUGUCUACAUGUAUUUAGUGGUUACAUUCAAAGUGCAAUAGUUUGUGAAUGACUGUUGAAUGUACAUUGUGUGGUACAGACCAGCUACUAGACUGGUAAUAAAGAUUCUGUUGUUUUCCCCUCUUUUGUAAUUUCAUUUUCAUUUCAUAGAGACAAAAACCAGUCUAUUUUAGAGAUUUUCUUAGAGGAAUUAUGUUAAAAUUGUGAUACUGGACAUAGGAUAUAGACUGGCUCAAUUCACCACAUAGAAUCAUAAAAAGUGUAAAAAGGUUUAUCAUUGUCUUGGAGAUGGCAUGUAUGUGACAUUAUGUUUAUCAGAUGUUUUCCAAUUUGUGAAAAUACACGUCUAGGUAUAUUACUUGUAUUUUAGGUCCCAAAAAUAAAAUGGUAGUUCGUACAUAAAAAUGAACCAAAUGCCAAAAUGUAUUUUUCAAAUGUAGAGUAGUGUACAGUAUGGCCUCAGGCUAGAGUUUUAAUUUUGAUAUAUUCUGUUUAUAGACACUGUAAUAUUUCCAUUUAAAAUAAGUACAUUUAAUUCCCUAUGUAUUCCUUGGACUAUGUCAGACAUUCUGCACAUACAUGUUUAAAUCAAAACAUCUGUACCACUUAUUUUAGCUUACCUGGGCAUUACUUAGGGUGAGCUUUUAGUAUAAUUGAGUGGUCCUUUGUUAACUUUUUAGAUUUUUUCUGAAGCUACAAGUAAAACAAUGCCAAUCCUGGGCUAUAGUAUCCUAGCAUGGACCUGUCUCUGAAGUUUGUUGAGAUGGUUCCAGGUGACCAUUUUCAUAGUGGCCACCAGAUCUAAAGAAAGAACAUUCUUUAAAGGACUUCUACAGAACCUUGCUUUUUGCCUUUUCACCAGAUUUGGUUCUGUAACAUCCUUGUAUGGACCUUUAUGUUUGUUCAAAUGGUUUAGCUUGGCUUUUUAAAUGGCAUUAGAGCCAGACUGUCCAGGGUCUAAGACAAACAUUUCUCAUCAGGUCUUCACCAAACUUUACCAAAAUGUGUUUGAAAGUAAGUCCUCUGCCAAGUUGAUAACUAGCCAAAUCAGCCCAGGCACUUCAAAAAUUGGCCUUUUUACUCCUGUCCACACCCAGAGUCAAACAUUUCUCAUUCAGUCUUCACCAAACUUGAACAAAAUGUGUUUGACCAUAAGUCCUCGGCCGACUUUGAUAACUAGCCAAACGAAUGAUUGUAGAUAUGCAGUGUGCAAACAGGUUUUCCAUGAUAAAUAUUUAUUUACUCAUUUUAACAUUAUAAUUUUACAAUAUAUUAUUUACAACACAUAUAUGCAUUUAAUCAGUGCAUGUAUUUAAAUUCAACACAAAGAAUAUUUAUUGCAUUCUAUAUCUGUUGGUAUAUCACAGAUUUACAGUAGAAUAAAAGUCAGUUAGUCUGGUGCACUUAAAUAUUAAAUCAUGAAUUGCACAGUCCUGCAGAUGGCAAAAGAAGAUGUAGGUUUGUCUCUUUCUCAUGUCACUAUUUUCAUUUCACUAUUAUAAUUAUUUUGUAACCAACACAGGGCAUCAACGUUUUGUUUGCUAGUUCCUUCAUUACAGUUCUUACUAUCUUUAAUUUUCAGUGUAAGUGAAUCAUUUUUAUUUCAUGUUACCAAAUAUUACAGUACUAUUGUUGUUGUUUACAAACUGAAUCUUUUCUUGUUAUUCUGGCAAUCAGUAUUAUACAGCAGUCUUGUCAAUAGAUAGUCCCAAUAGUUUAUGGUGUUAGUACGUCAGAGGUCAUUGACUCGAGACUGAAAAUAGUUUCUGCUCAGUAAUGCUAAAAGACUGGCAGCAGUCGAUCUUCUUAGGAUGGUUUUCUGUAUUUGAAAAUAUUGCAUCACAGUUUUCUCUCAAAGAAAGAUACUGCAAUUGUACACUGAAACUAUUAUCUUGUUUGUCUGACUGUAUUGAAUUUUGUGGAGAAAUCAGCAAAAGGUAAAAAGUAUUGAAAAAACAUCAAAUUUAUGUAUCAUUGCUACUUGCUAAAAUUUACAGGUGCUUUUAUGAUGUAAUACAAAUGUUCUAUAGUGUGCAUUUUAGCAGAAUCAUGCUUGUUGUGUUGAAGAAAGAAUACAUAUAAUUUUGAAAACCAAAAAGUUUCUUUAUAGAUUAUAAAAUGUUCAUCCUAAUCUGCAGGAUUCAUGACUCGCUGUAGACUGAAAGUUUUUCAUGUCACUUGGAUUAGAUAACUUUGUAAUUGGAGACAAUAGCCAUUGGGUUGUUUAAGAAAUAAUAUAUUUCAUUUAGUGAUUUGUCGCUGAAUAAAUCAUUGUUUGGAGUUCAGAUGCAAAGGAAUUAUAUCACGAGGGCGCAGCAUAUAAUAAUACGCAUUUGAACGACAAACAGUGAUUUUAUUUAAGAGCAGAUCACUAAAUAAAAUAUAUUAUUUCGAUUUUAACACAUUACAAAGGACUUUAAAGUACAUCCUUGACGGCAUUCAUUAAAUAUUUGCUGGUUUUCAAUUGGUCUAUUUUCCAGUGCGCCGCAAUGCCGUUUGACACUAUGCGAAAUAAUUGUGACGUCAGAACGGUGAAUUGUUGUAUGAUAAUUAACUGUUUUCAGCCUUCUUUGUUUAAUAGGAAAUGAAUCUGAUCGUGUUAGAAUCUAUUUUUGAAAAGGAGCUAUAUAAAAGUAUUGCAAAGUAUUCUCCACAGUCACAUUUAUCCGACUUGAAUUUAUGGUGUGGUACAACGAUAAGCAACAACCAUCUUUCACAUGACUUUAAUCAUGCAUCUUCAUGAUUUGGUAGAUAACAGCCAUGCUGGCAUUAUUAGAAUUUGUGCUUUACAGCUAGUUAAGGAGGUAGGUUACCUUAAUAUUUGUAUGUGCGCAUGUCCAACUGGAAGCUAACGUGCUGAUUUACGACAAACUAAAUGUGUUUGUAUAUCCAUUCUUCUGAAAACAAAUCAUGAACCUAUCUCCUAUCCGAUGCUUUAUGGUUUAAUAAUGCAGAAAUAAUGAAUAAAUUGCUGCAGAAACGCUUCAGAACAAUGUUGCCUUAUGUGUCAGUUACCGCGCAAAAUUAAUAGCUUUUAUUUUGAAAAUACAUAAUUUUGUGCAUUUUCUUUAUUUGAACUAUUUUCAAACGGCCAUUAUUUGCUGAAAUAUUUUUGAUGAGUCUUUUGCUCUGAAUAAUAAUCAAUAUUUUGCUUCUUUUAUGUAGCUAUAUUGAAAUGUAAGAAAAUGGAUGAUGGUAACCAAUGUCAUUUGGAAUAUAGUUGGGUGAAAGGUUACUUGUUACAGCCAUUUUCAAAUAAAAAACUUGCAGUUUGAUUUGUAAUACCUAUUUUUCAGUUUCCGUUGAUAAUUUGUUACUUAUAUACUAAAACUAAGCUCUAAAAUUGUUCAAAUUUCAGUAGAAAAUUGUGGUUUCUUGAAUUGAAUUGAUGUUACCAUGGAAACGAAGUGCGUGACCUAUAUAUCUAAAUGUAAUAUUUCAAAAGCGUUGACACUGGUCUAUUUAAGGAACACGGCUUUGGCUUUUUAUUUUCA